AUGAGUUUAGAAAAUGUGGAUAAUAAUGAAGAAAAGUUUUAUACUAAUGCCGUAAAUUAUUGGUCUGAGAUUCCGGCUACUAUAGACGGUAUGUUAGGAGGAUUUGGUUUCAUUUCCCAAACGGAUAUAAAAGGCUCUAAAAUGUUAUUAAACCAGUUAUUUAACUCCAAAGAUCCCCCAGAAAAACAUUACGCUUUAGAUUGCGGAGCAGGUAUAGGCAGGAUUUCCAAAUUUUUGUUAACUGAAACGUUUGAAAAAGUUGAUAUGGUGGAACAGAAUGAAGAUUUUCUCCAACAAGCUAAACAAUAUUUGGGCCCAAAAGUCGAUAAAAUAGGCAAUUUUUAUCCAGAAGGCUUGCAAAAUUUCCAACCAGAAACAGGAAAAUAUGAUGUCAUAUGGAUUCAAUGGGUUUUAGGUCAUUUGACUAAUGCAGAUUUAAUUCAGUUUUUAAUAUCAUGUGGGAAGGGUUUGAAGAAGAAUGGUGUCAUUGUGAUAAAAGAAAAUGUAACAUCCUCAGAUGAAAUAGAAAAAGAUGAACAGGAUUCUUCAAUAACUAGACCUUUACGCCAUUACCAUACAAUAUUUCAGAAAGCAAAGUUAGAGUGUUAUAGACAAUUGAAACAACAAAAUUUUCCAAAAGGAUUGUUUCCUGUUUACAUGUUUAUACUUAGACCAAGUGGUGAUAUUCUCAAUGAGAUGUCGCAUGAAAAUAAUUUAGUUAAAUUAGAAAAUGUUCAUGAUAAUUGUAAAAAAGAUAAUGUAAUUUGUGAAACUAUUAUUCAACAUGACAGUGAUCUUAAAGAUAAAAAUGCCACAUCUUCUGAUAUUGUUGAAUUUAAAAAUAGUACAAAUAAUGAUGAAAACAAAAUUAAUAUAGAAAGUUUAUUAAAAUUUGAUGAUUCUAUGAAAACGUCACUAGACAACCAGUAA